ACUACGAUAGGACGAAGGAAUUAUGACCCACAUUAGUUCUUCGUUACAGGGCAAAGAUGUAUGUGUAAACAACAUAACUAAUUGUAGUUCAGCCAUUUCUCUGAUUUCCUUGAUAGCUCAUCUAAAGUGGUCAUCAGUCUGCAUCAUCUUCGACAAGGAAUCAGGCCAGCAGGCAUUUGAAUUGCAUCAUGGUCUAUCUACCUAUGGAAUACUUGCAGUAAUAUAUCCUAUGGAAGAAGUCACAUCUUCUGAAAUUGAUGCUAUAUCUAGUUCUUCACAAGAUAAGUCAACCAACAUCAAUUUCACUGUACUAUGUCAACAUGUUUGUCUCCAAUUUCUUAAAAAGCCUUUUGAAUUUGGAAGGAAAAACGUAAGGCGAAACUCCUUGCUUCACUUAUCGAGGUGGUUAGUAGGUGUUGAUAAUGUUGCAGACUUGCUGGAUUUUGAAAUGGCUGAUAUAAAGUUCGACAACGUAGCUGUAGUAAAGAAUUAUACAACAAACAUAAAAGAGAUAAACAACUUAAAACUGACUAACCAAGAUGAGGUUAAGCAUGAGGGUUGUACCCAUCAACAAAUAUUUACACUAAUGUGGCAGUCCAGCCGACGUAAUUUGUCACCAGUGCUAUUUACAAAUCAACAGUUACCAGAUGAAAACAAACUCUUUCCAAAUGCCGACUUUGGGUUUAAUAAAAGAAAAUUUUUGGUCAACACAUUACCAUUUUCUCCCUUUGUACAGUUAAAUAACGAAACCGGUCAGUACACAGGAAUCACAAUUGAAAUUUUAAAUCAGCUAUCUCGUGAUCUCAAUUUUACAUAUGAAAUUCAACCGCCACCUGAUGGGAAUUGGGGAGCUGAAAAAAACAAUGGUACAUGGAAUGGUAUGAUAGGACAACUGCAACAAAGGGAGAUAGACAUUGUAGCAGCAGCCCUUACAGUGCAUUCAGAUAGGGAAACAGUGAUGGAUUUUACGUAUCCCUACUUUUAUGAGUUUUCGUCAAUCAUUUUCAAAAAAUCAAAUCCAGAUAAUUCAAAAUGGACAAGAUUACUCGAUCCUCUUAGUCCAACAGUGUUAAUAUUGGUUGGAAUUUGUCUACCUACUGUGUCAUUUAUACUUUGCCUUCUUGAAAAUACCAACCCAUUUUACAACAAAAGACAUGGUAAAAGAGGUCUGCAUAAUAUGUCUGAUUCAUUCUGGUAUAUGUAUGGAGCUUUGUUAACACAAGGCGGAGAACAUAUGGCUGCAUCCUCAUCAGGACGAACACUUCUAAGCUGCUGGUGGAUAUUUUGCAUUAUAAUGGCGGCCACGUACAGCGCAAAUUUUGUGGCUUUUCUGACAGUUCGAAAAAACAAACCUCCGUUCGAUGAUAUCAAAGGCCUAAUUGCUCAAGAUGAGUAUAAAUGGGGUAUAACGGGUGAUUCCAUAUACGAAUCUAUUUUCAAGGAUUCGAAUCUACCAGAUCGUCAACUUUUUUGGAAAGGUAUUGUUGCAUUCAACAAAACCGAUCCUUCUGUACUUAACAGUGGAACAAAAUCACACAUAGAAAAGGUGUUAACAGAAAAGUAUGCGUUUAUUGAUGAUCACACUGGAACGGCAAAGUUAGUGGCAAAUAACUGUCAAGUCACACUCCUACCAACUGAUAUUAUGUCUACGUACGCCAUCGGACUGCCAAAUAAUUCACCUUUUGUGGAAAAAUUCUCAAAUGGGAUUAUGACAGUUCUUGAAAGUGGACAUGUCUCAAAGUGGAGAACAAACUAUUGGCCUUAUACUAGUCAUUGUGCAGAACAAUCUAAAACCGAAGCAAAAGCAAUCAAAAUUAUUGAUAUACAAAUUGCAUUUUAUCUAAUUGGUAUUGGAAUAUUACUAUCUUUGAUGUUUUUACUUUGUGAAUAUAUUACGCUUAAAUGUCGACUAUUAUUGGAGAAGAAAGGUUUAAUCACCCAUCCGAUUAAUCCAGUGAGACACAUUGGAACAAUAAGCAUGACAGAUCAUGUAGUCCAAGAUUAUUAACUUGAUCAAUUUAAUGUUUUUCGUUUGAAAUUCUAAUAGACGGCUGAUAACGAGCAUAAG